AGUUACUAUUCAGCCAAUUUUGCUCCACAGACACACACGGUUCCGCUGCAGUGUUCAUUUUGUCUCGCCGAAUACCUCAGUACGACGGCUAGCAAAUUGGUCCAAAAAGGUCAAUAUAGUUCUCCUUCUGGACCUUCUCUUCUCAAAAUUGGUGCCAAUCUAGGAAGCAAAUCCUUAAUUAUAGGAGGAGUCAUCUUUGUCAUCCCAACAACAUUUGACAAUUGCCUUCAACGCCCCAGAAUCGAUCCUACAAGACAAGACAAAACCAAGGUGAAACCCUUAGACAUUCCGAGUGAUUUUGUUUUAUCUCCUUCUCUGGGUAAUGACUAAUGAAUAAGCGGAAGCCAAGUAGUUGAGGAGCUGUUGUGUAGUUUCAGAUAGACUCUCAAAAAAAUGCAGAGAGUGUUUUCAAAAACCACGACUUUCUUCACUAAACACACCACUUUGUUCAACAAACACAUACAAUACACUCAUUUCCUCCUUCUUCACACAACUUCAAAUGUCGAAACCCAUAUAGACAAAAUCCCUCAAACCCAUCCCUCUCAGUCUCAGACUCAGAGCAUCAACAACAACAACAACAACAACUUUCUAUCAGACAAUACAAGAACUGGGUUUGGGCUAGUUCGCCUUCAAACUGCCCCAGAUGAUGAUCAAACCCUUUACAAUCACAGCCACGACGAGUUUGCUGGUGAUGUCGAAAAGGUAUACAGAGUUUUAAAGAAAUUCCACUCAAGGGUUCCCAAAUUGGAACUCGCUUUGCAACAAUCUGGUGUUGUUAUGCGUUCUGGUUUAACCGAACGUGUAUUGGAUCGCUGCGGCGAUGCCGGGAACUUGGGGUACAGUUUUUUCAUUUGGGCUUCCAAACAACCCGGUUAUAGGCAUAGCUAUGAGGUUUACAAAUCUAUGAUUAAGAUUUUAGGGAAAAUGAGGCAAUUUGGUGCUGUUUGGGCACUGAUUGAAGAGAUGAGGAGGGAUAAUCCCCAGUUGAUAUCCCCACAACUGUUUGUUGUUCUGAUGAGACGCUUCGCCUCAGAUAGAAUGGUUAAGAAAGCCAUUCAAGUAUUGGAUGAGAUGCCAAAGUAUGGUUGUGAGCCUGACGAGUAUGUGUUUGGGUGUUUGUUAGAUGCUUUGUGUAAGAAUGGUAGUGUUAAGGAAGCUGCAUUGUUAUUUGAGGAUAUGAGGGUUCGGUUUACACCUACGCUUAAGCAUUUUACAUCGUUGUUGUAUGGUUGGUGUAAGGAAGGGCAGCUUAUAGAAGCCAAGUUUGUGUUGGUGCAGAUGAGGGAGGCAGGGUUUGAGCCCGACAUUGUGGUUUAUAACAAUUUGCUUAGUGGGUAUGCUCAGUUAGGGAAGAUGACCGAUGCCUUUGAUCUUUUGAAGGAGAUGAGGAGGAAGGGCUGUGAGCCGAAUGCAACUUCGUAUACUAUUUUGAUUCAGGCACUUUGUGGGAGGAAGAGAAUGGAAGAGGCAAUGCAGGUUUUCGUUGAAAUGCAGAGAAAUGGCUGUGAAGCUGAUGUUGUGACCUACACUACAAUGAUAAGUGGUUUUUGCAAGUGGGGGAAGAUUGAUAAGGGUUAUGAGCUUUUGGAUUCUAUGAUACAGCAAGGACUUACUCCGAAUCAGAUGACUUAUAUGCACAUUAUGUUGGCUCAUGAGAAGAAGGAACAGCUAGAAGAGUGUAUGGAACUCAUGGAGGAAAUGCAGAAGAUUGGUUGCAUUCCUGAUCUUAGUAUUUACAAUACGGUGAUUAGGUUAGCUUGCAAGUUGGGAGAGGUUAAGGAAGGCGUUCGGCUUUGGAACAAAAUGGAGGGAAGUGGACUUAGUCCAGGGCUAGAUACCUUUAUCAUAAUGAUUCAUGGGUUUAUUGGGCAAGAUUGUCUGGUUGAAGCUUGUGAGCACUUCAAAGAAAUGGUUGGGAGAGGUCUUCUAUCUGCUCGUCAUUAUGGUACCUUGAAGGAGUUCCUGAAUUCUCUAUUAAGAGCUGAGAAGCUUGAGAUGGCUAAAGAUUUAUGGAGUUGCAUCACUAGUAAAGGUCCUGAGCCUAAUGUGUUUGCAUGGACAAUUUGGAUUCAUGCGCUCUUUAAGAAUGGGCAUGUGAAGGAGGCUUGUUCAUACUGUCUGGAAAUGAUGGAUGCAGAUGUAAUGCCACAGGCAGAUACCUUUGCUAAACUCAUACGUGGUUUAAGGAAACUUUAUAACAGAGAGAUUGCGGCUGAGAUAACAGAGAAGGUUAGGAAGAUGGCUGCAGAUAGACAGAUCACUUUCAAGAUGUAUAAACGGCGAGGAGAGAGGGACUUGAAAGAAAAAGUCAAGGAGAAAAAAGAUGGGAGGAAAAGGAGGGCUCGUCGACGCCAGUGGGGUGGAGGGCGUAAUAGAGCUAAACUUUAGUAGUUUGAAUGAGAGGGUUUCUAUGAAGUAAAUCAAUUAGUUAGUAGAUUGUGCACAGGUGAUAUGUUGCCAGCCAGUAUUUAGGUAAUGCACUUGAUCAUGAAUAGUUAUAGGACUGGACCUAUUUCUUUUCAUUUUCUUUUUUUAUACGAAAAUAUUCGUUUGGAUGUGUUUGGAAUGCAACUUUUGCAAUGGGUGCUUUGCUAAUGGACAUGGAAAAGAGCAGCUUAUUUUCACUAGCAUUCUUUCUUGCCCGUAUAUUCCAUCAAUUUGUUUCAUUUUUGUUAUAUUGUGCUAUUUAUUACAUUGGGUUCUCCUAUUCACUAGAAUAAUGUUCUGUUCUUGGCUAGAUGUAAUUCAUGUGUUACAGAGGAAAUCCAGCCCUCUUCAAGAACAGGGGAUGUUUUGAUUUCAGACAAAAAACUAUGACACUCUGGUAUCUAGAUUGAAACACUCACACUGCCACUGAAAGACAACUUCUUAUAUCCUCCUGCUUGAGAAAAAUGGGAGAUCCAAGAGCAUUACAUACACUUAAGGCUAUCACAAUUUUGCCGGACAGUUGCUUAUGCAACCAUGAGGCAGUGGCGUCUGAAAUAUAUCAUAUGGUGUACAACCUACAUUAGAUUUUUUUGUGCUUCUUAUUACACAAGGAAGGUUUCAUAAUUGGCAUCUCCUUUUCAUAAAUAUCUGGUAUGUUUUGUCAUUUUCUUUCUUUAAUAGUUAUAUUUGGCUAUAUUAUUAUCUCAUGCUGCAUGAUCCAUAAUAUUAUGCAUUUGAACCAUUCUGCAUAGUAGAUGGCACUAUGUGGAUGGAGGUUGUGGUACCUGUCCUGGGGGUUGAUAAAUCUAGCCAUUCUUAUGCUUGGAUUGGAUCUCAUCAAAUAACAAUCAAACCCCUGCUUUAUAUGCUUAUAAAGGAACUUAAGCUUCCAAUAUGAUCUCCCCUAUUAGUUGACCAAGUCUUUCAAAAGUUUGAUGGAUAGAAUGAUUUGGCCAUUUGUUCACUCUCAUUGUUUGGGUUGUACGCUAACUUUUGUGUGUGUCUUAGAAACAGUCUGUCUAUGAGCUGGGAUAAAACUUAUUCAGUCCUGUGAACUUUUGAUGUUGUUGAUAAAUUCAAUAGAGCUCACUAUACGUUGGCUUUGCUUCCUU